AUGUUGAUCAUUCAUUUAAUGAGUGUGUUUUCAUUUCUAUUUCUAGAGUAGCUAUCUAAAGAUCUAAGUUAUCUUACAAAAUUUGCAUUUGGUUAAACGGCUGGUCUUCUUUCUUUAACAUAAUCGUAGGCCCUUUAGUAAGACCAGUUAAAUUACUUUAUAAGAAAAGCAAUAACAAAGCUAGGGCUACGUGAAACUCCAGCAAUGCAGUGCACUAAAACAUUUUUGCCUUCUAAUAAAUGUUUAGAUAUAAAUUCUACACACUCAUCAAAGUAUUUUGAGAUAUUUUCUGUAUUGUCAUCUUCAGCUUUAAUUAUUUUAUGUUCAGAAAUUAUGUCCUUCGGGUAUCUUAUAUUAGACUCAUUAGCCACUGUUAAGACAGCUUAAAUUUAAUUAGUUACUAUCAAAUGCUUGCUAGAAGCCCCAACAGCACUGCCUAAAAAGAGUUUUCCCAUUUUAUUAUGGCCAAACUUUUCUGUGAUUAUUGGAGUAAUUUGUGGUGAUUAAAUUCCAAAAUCAAUUUAGAUAGACAUUUUUGUAGCUCAAUGA